GUUUGACAAGUUGGUGAUGUUUUGCUUCGGUCUGGAGAAAACAAUUUAAGUUUAUUGCGAUUUUCCUGAAUUUUCCGGGGAAAAUCUUCAUAUCCCAAGCCAAAACCAGCAAUGGCGCAAAGUUCCCACCACGAGGAAGAACGAUUCAACGAUUUUUACUGCGAGGUGAAAGAAAUCGAAAAGCGCGACGCGGUGCUCACAUCUCAGCAGCAGAUCGAUCGACUGCUACGUCCCGGUGCGACGUACUUCAAUCUGAACCCCUUUGAGGUGAUGCAUCUAGAACCGGACACACCGAUUGAGCUGAUCAAGAAAAAGUACCGUACCUUGUCUAUACUGAUCCAUCCGGAUAAGAAUCCCGACAACCAGGAACGAGCCCAGCAAGCAUUCGAGGUGGUAAACAAAGCCUGGAAGACGUUGGAGAAUGAACCAACCCGGAAGCGAUGCCUGGAAGUUUACGAGGAAGCGAAAGAGCGUACUGAUGCGAUGAUUAUGGAGAAGCGGAAAAAGCUCCGCAAGGAAGGUAAAUCCGACGCAAUACCGGAGGAUGAUCCUGGCAAAUACAAACAUGCUGUGUACGUAAUGGUUAUGAAAUUGUUUGCCGAUAUGGAACGGCGGCGCCAACAGCUAGAUUUACGUGACCAGGAAGAAAGGAAACGUAAACGUGAACAGGAAAUCGAAGAAGAAGAACAACGCAACUUUCAGAAGGAGUGGCAGAAAAACUUUGAGGAAUCUCGUCAGAACCGCGUCAACAGCUGGCAAAGUUUUCAGGCGGCCGGUACUUCGUCGACCAAACCGAAAAAGGCCAAAAAAACCAAGUACACCUCUUUUAACCCACCCAAGAUCAAGCCGGAAUCGCGAUAAACUCCGGGGUAUUCAACGCGAAGCGGGGACAUUUCCAUCUUUGGCUUUUCGUUUUUUUUUAUUUGUUCAUCCCUUCUCUGUCAGGACACAGUCUCAAGCUACAUACUUGUACUGCCGGAGGUGGACUUGAUACAGACAAUGUCUAUUCUUUUCGUUUCCGACGACACAUAAUUAUUAUUUUUAACGCAACAUAACGAUCAAAGGAUCAUGCAUUUUCUAUUCGCACUAACAAUCCGUUGCUGUUUAAAGAGAAGUUAGAAUUUUAAUAAUAAAUUCAAUCGAAAAUCUACAGAAAGAUGUGUAGAAACAAGAAAGCAGCAACGGUAAAAAUAAUGGCAGUGGGCCUUUCGCGUUUAAGGUAGUUUUGUAAGAGAUAGCAUUGAUGAGAGAGAAAGAUCACAAUUUAUACUUUGUGAGAGAAACUGAAGUAGUAAUAAAUACAUACAAAUAAUUAAGAAA